UAAGAAAUUCCAGUUUGUGUGCAGGGCAACGCUACCUGGUGUUGAAUACUGGAAGUAUUUCUAAGUAAGAUGGCGAUUUAUGGAAUAGAAUAAGUGGGAAAGAGCGCGGUGCGUGAUACUUGCGCAGCAAUUUGAGUGGGAGUGGUGCCGCCGUCUUUCCCGCAGCACCGCGCAAUCAUCUCAUCAUCCCCAACACUUCGACGCUGACGCACUGAUGUGAUUCAUACUUGGUGCGGGCGCAUUGUUUCACGCCGAUUUCUAUCCGUAGUGUUUUUCUAUCCGUUUACACACCGCUCAACUGUGCCAACGAAAGCUCAACAACUCAACCACCGACGAUGGCCGACCACUUCGGGCUGAAAUGGGAUCCCAAGAACUUGGAGAUUCGCACCAUGUCUGUGGAGAAGACACUCGAACCGCUGGUGUUGCAAGUGACCACAUUGGUUAACACCAAGGGUCCAUCCAAGAAAAAGAAAGGCAAGUCUAAGCGUGCGAAUGCACUUGUAAGCACCGUCGAGAAAGCCACCGAGAAUUUCAUCCAGAAAGGUGAACAAAUCGCGUAUGAAAACAAAGAUAUUACGCAGGAGAUGCUCUCCGCUGUUGACGAAGUCCGCAAAACAGGUAAUGCGAUGAGUAUUGCAGCGCGAGAAUUCUCCGAAGAUCCUUGUUCUUCUCUGAAGAGAGGAAACAUGGUGAGGGCAGCGAGAAAUUUACUCUCUGCUGUCACCAGAUUGUUAAUUCUGGCUGACAUGGUGGAUGUACACCUUUUGCUCAAGUCUUUACGCGUCGUUGAAGAUGACUUACAGAAACUACGCGAUGCUUCAAGCCAAGGAGAGCUUUUAGACAAUAUUAAAGCCUUUGGACAUAAUGCAAACGAACUUAUGAAUCAAGCUGCGAAACGUCAGCAAGAGCUGAAAGAUCCACAGCUCCGGGAUGAUCUUGCUGCGGCCAGAGCAGUGCUCAAGAAGCAUUCGACAAUGUUGUUGACGGCGUCGAAGGUUUACGUGCGUCAUCCGGAAUUGGCGGCGGCGAAAGCCAAUCGCGACUACGUUUUGAAGCAAGUCUGCGAGGCGGUGAACACGAUUAGUGAUGUAGCGCAAGGGCGUACACCACAACCGUCGCAGAAUCCUUAUGAUGGGCCUGGGGAACUUGCUGCGGCGUUGGAUGACUUUGAUGAACGUAUGGAAAUGGAACCACUGGCCUACAAUGAAGUCCACACUCGUCCUUCACUUGAAGAACGCCUGGAGAGCAUCAUCAGCGGCGCGGCCCUAAUGGCUGAUUCAAGUUGCACGCGUGAUGAACGCCGUGAACGUAUUGUUGCUGAAUGCAACGCAGUGCGUCAAGCCCUCCAGGACUUGCUCUCCGAAUACAUGUCGAACCAAUUGCAAGUUUUACAUGGAGGUACACGGAUGGGUAAUAAGGACCCAAGCGACGGUCUGGGUCGUGCUAUCGACCACAUGGGACGCAAAACUAAAGAUUUGCGUCGUCAACUACGCAAAGCAGUGGUAGAUCAUGUCUCCGACAGUUUUCUGGAGACAAAUCUGCCGCUUUUGAUCCUUAUCAAAGCAGCGCAGACUGGAAACGAAAAGGAAGUCGAUGAAAACGCAAUUGUCUUCACAGAACAUUCGAAUAAACUCGUCGAGGUCGCCAAUCUUGUCUGCAGCAUGUCCAACAACGAAGACGGCGUCAAAAUGGUGCGCUACGCCGCCGCGCAGAUUGACAAUCUGUGCCCGGAGGUGAUCAACGCUGCGCGCAUUCUUGCAGUUCGCCCGCGUAGUAAAGUAGCACAGGAGAAUAUGCUUGCGUUCAAGGAGGCUUGGGAGAACCAAGUGCGCAUUCUGACUGAAGCCGUGGAUGAUAUUACCACGAUCGAUGAUUUCCUAGCGGUGUCCGAGAAUCACAUCCUGGAAGAUGUGAAUAAAUGUGUGUUGGCUCUCCAGGAGGGCGAUAGCGAUACACUGGAACGUACUGCCGGCGGUAUACGAGGACGUUCACAGCGAGUUUGUAAUGUUGUCGCUGCUGAAAUGGACAAUUACGAACCGUGUAUCUACACCAAGAGGGUGCUGGAAGCUGUCAAGGUUUUGAAUGAGCAGGUAAUGCCCAAGUUUGGGCAGAGGGUGUCGGUUGCAGUGUCGGCGCUUGCUAGUAAUCCGCAGAAAGAUGUGGAUGAGAAUGAUUUUAUCGAUGCGUCGCGUUUGGUGUAUGAUGGCGUGAGGGAAAUUCGAAGGGCGGUGCUUAUGAAUCGCGCUGAUGAAGAUUUGGAUCCGGAAGAUGUCGAAUUGGAUGAGAAUUACACUUUGGAGACGAGGAGUAAAUCGAGUGCACACACUGGUGAACACGGCGUUGAUGAGUACCCCGACAUUAGCGGUAUUACCACAGCUCGUGAAGCUAUGGGUAAGAUGCCCGAAGAAGACAAACAGAAGAUUCUGCAGCAAGUGGAGUUCUUCCGCUCGGAGAAGCUCAAGUUUGAUCGUGAGGUAGCGAAGUGGGACGAUACUGGCAAUGAUAUUGUCGUGCUGGCAAAGCAUAUGUGCAUGAUUAUGAUGGAAAUGACAGAUUUUACCCGAGGACGUGGCCCGCUCAAGACUACCAUGGAUGUUAUCAAUGCGGCGAAGAAGAUCUCCGAGGCUGGUAAUAAACUUGAUAAGCUGACGAAGCAGAUUGCGGAUCAAUGCCCCGAGAGUUCUACCAAAAAAGAUCUGUUGGCGUAUCUACAAAGGAUUAAUCUGUAUUGUCAUCAGAUUAGUAUCACCAGCAAGGUGAAGGCUGAUGUGCAGAAUAUCAGUGGAGAAUUGAUUGUUUCUGGGUUGAUAGCAACAUCUUUAAUUCAAGCAGCGAAGAACUUGAUGAACGCUGUCGUGUUGACGGUGACGGUUUCCUACGUCGCUUCAACGAAAUAUCCUCGACAACCAGGAAUUGCUGCUUCGCCUAUUGUCGUCUGA